CGUAGUAGGUUUAUGUCGCAUACGUCACACUUUUAUGCUAAUAUGCUUGUUUAUGUAGCUUUUCAUAUGGACGAAACAUGUCUGCCUCUCUAGUCCGAGCGACGGUGAAAGCUGUCAGUAAAAGGAGAUUACUCGCUACAAGAGCUGCUCUGACAUUGACCCCCUCUGCAGUCUCUAAGAUCAAGCACAUGCUGCAGAACAAACCAGAAUACGUUGGCCUCAGAGUGGGGGUUCGAACCCGUGGUUGCAAUGGACUCACAUACACACUGGACUAUGCAAAGACCAAGGGCACAGCAGAUGAACAGGUGAUCCAGGAUGGUGUGACGGUGUUCAUUGAGAAGAAGGCCCAGCUGACCUUGCUGGGAACAGAGAUGGACUAUGUGGAAAGCAAGCUGUCCAGUGAGUUUGUCUUUAACAACCCCAACAUCAAAGGAACCUGCGGCUGUGGGGAGAGCUUCAACAUCUGACGCCACAGGCCCUGCCCUGUUGCCAUGGCUCCCCUCCCUCGGCUCCUCCCGCGUCCUCCCUCCGUCUUCUCCAUUAUAUCCGAAUGCUUCACACUGCACAGUGAACCUCUGUCUCAUCCCUUCAUUCAUAGAGCUGCAUUUAUCUAUUUCCUGUGAUGCACACAUUUCAGAAAGCCUUAUUUUAGAACUGCUAGUGAUGUUUUUGUGGGAUGAUACGUAACACUGGACAAGUCUAACCCUGCUCCUGUAGGCUGUAGCCUGACGAUGAUGGGUGUGGUCUGGAGAACUGCCCGUGGCACCCUGUCAGUGCUCCUCAGGGCACUGACUCUGUGUGUGGUACCCUGUCAGUGCUGCUCAGGGCACUGGCCGUGGGCGUGGCCAUCCAGUGGUCUCAUGUCAGUGUCCCCCUCAUCAACAGUACUAAACCUAUCACACACACACACCCUCAUAAACACGGUGACCUAAUAUUAACAUGCACGCACCUUCACCGUCGGUGUGGAAUAUAUAUCAGGCGUGCUGUUUUACGUUGUUUCUCAUGGUCGCAGUCAGUCUUUGUCAGAGGUGUAUUUCCACUGUGCUACCAGCACUGUAGCCAGCCCGCAGGCUGGUCUUUAGCCACGGAACACACAGGGUCAGUGCAGGGGUGUGUGAGAAGGGGGCCUGACUGGGUCACCUGAUCACAAGAACGUUGGGUGAAUAUUGAACAUGGUCACUGUUACCCAUUUUACCAUUUCUGCAGUUCCCUGCCAUGCUGCCCCACUUUUCAAUGGUUUGCAUCAUUUAUUGAAAAUAAUUUCUGUUGGGGUUUUUUUUUUUUGUUUGUUUGUUUUUUUGUAAUUUAUUUCAUCAGUUUGUGUGGGCUCUAUUGUGCUGAGUAUGUAAAUGAAGAUGCAAGCCCCUAAGGGUACAGGAAAUUAUGUAAUCCAGAACCUGGAUGUUUUGGAGUGGAAAGAAAUGUGUUUUGAUACAAGCUUUAAGGUUGUAAAUUCUGUUUGUAUUUUCGUCGCUAGCACCGCUGAGUGCAUGAACAUAUAAUAUGAAUGUAAAUGUCCCUUAACCAUAAAAUAACGCACAAUUUUAUUUUUUAUGUACAAAUAUAAAUGUGUUUGGAAAACCGUUUCUGCUCCCUUGCCAGAUCUACGGGAUGACUUUGUACAGUGUUUUUAGUUCAGAAAUGUAACUAGUGCAAUAUGUGAACUGUAGGUGUGACACCCAUAAUUAAAUCAUUUCAUCAGUG